GCUUUUUCCGCCACCAUUUGCUGCGGAAUCUGCUAUCAGGCUUGGGAGAGAGCCGCGUGUGCCGCUCUGUGUUGAGAGCGCGGGCGAAGCCGGAACCCGGCCAUGGAUUCUGUGACAUUUGAGGAUGUUGCUGUGAACUUCACCCAGGAAGAAUGGGCUUUGCUGGAUCUUUCUCAGAAGAAUCUCUACAGAGAUGUGAUGCUGGAAACCUGUAGGAACCUCACUGCUAUAGGCCACAAAUGGGAAGAUCAGAUGAGAUCUGGAAGACAUCUAAGAAGUUCCAUGCUUAAGACAUUCUGUGAGCAUAAAGAAGAUCUUCAAGAUGGAGAAACUUCCACUUGCAUAGAAAAUUCCAAUAUGAGCAUGACAAUUUCUAGUGACCUAACACCAUGUGGACAUAGUGUGUGUAGAAAUGUUUCCAUGUGUCAUUCACCCAUUAAUAACCAUCCUAUAUCUCCCUCUCAGUAUAAACCAUAUGAGCAUGAAGAGUAUGGAAACAAGCCCCAGAACUCUAACUCUCUCACAAGCUGUCUAAGACAUAUGAGAACACACAUGAUGUAUGGACCUGCUAAAUCUAAGACUUGUUUAAAACCUUUUGGUUUGCCAAGUUCAUUGGAAACACAUCAAGAAAAACACAGUGCAGGAAAAUUCUAUCAAUACAAGGAAUGUAGAAAGGCUUCUAUUGAUGCCAAUUCAUGUAACACGCAUGGAGGAACUCAAACUGUAAAAAAAUAUCAAUGUAAUAUAUGUGGUAAAUAUUUGUGUUCAUCCACUUCUCUUCUAGGACACAAAAGAAUUCAUAGUGGGGAAAAACCCUAUGAAUGUAAACAAUGUAGUAAAGCCUUUAGAUUUCCUAGUUCCUUACAGUUACAUGAAAGAAUUCAUACAGGUGAAAAACCCUAUGAAUGUGAACAGUGUCUUAAGACCUUUAGGAAUCACACUAGUCUUCAAUUACAUAAAAGAAUUCAUACUGGAGAAAAACCCUAUGAAUGUAAACAAUGUGAUAAGGCCUUUAGACAGCUUAAUAAUCUUAAAGUACAUGAAAGAAUUCAUACUGGUGAAAAACCGAAGGAAUGUAAACAUUGUGGUAGAGCCUUUCGACAUGAUGGCAAUCUUCAAAGACAUGAAAAAAAUCAUAUUGUAAUAAAAUCCAAGGAAUGUAAACAAUGUGGUAAAGUCUUUAGACGUUACAGCCAACUUCAGAGACAUGAAAGAAUUCAUACUGGAGCCAAACCCUAUGAAUGUAAACAAUGUGGAAAAGAUUUUACAAGUCUCAGUCAUCUUCAUAGACACAAAAAAAUUCAUGCUCGAGAAAAAUGCUCUGAAGGUAAACAAUGUGGUAAGAGUUUUAGCUGGCACAGUAGUCUUAAGUUACAUGAAAAAAUUCAUACUACAGAAAAACCCAGGGAAUGUAAACCAUGUGGUAAAGUCUUUAGAUAUGAUUCUCAUGUUCAAAAUCAUGAAAUUCAUAAUGGAGAAAAACCCUUUGAAUGUAAACAAUGUGGAAAAGCCUUUAGAUAUCACCGUUGUCUUUAUAGGCACAAGAAAAUCCAUACUGGAGAAAAACCCUAUGAAUGUAAACAAUGUGGAAAAGCCUUUAGAGAAUACUAUAAUCUUCAAUCACAUGAAAAAAUUCAUACUGGCGAAAAACCCUAUGAAUGUAAACUAUGUGGUAAAGCCUUUACACAUCACGGUGAUCUUCGAAAACAUGAAAAAUUUCAUACUGGAGAAAAACCUCAUGAAUGUAAACGAUGUGGUAAAUCCUUUAGAUGUUACAGUGAUCUUCGAAGACAUGAAAAUAUUCAUACCUUAGAAAAACAAUAUGACUGUAAACAAUGUGAUAAAGCUUUUACAUGUCAUCGUUACCUUAAGAAGCAUGAAAAAUAUCAUACUGGGAAAAAAACCCAAUAGAUGUAAACCAUGUGUAAAGCUUUUGUAUGUCACCAUUAUGUUCAGUCACAUGAAAGAAUUCAUACUAGAGAAAAGUCUUGAGAAUAUAAAAAAUGUGGUAAAGCCUUUACACAUCACUGUAAUCUUCAAAAACAUGAAGAAAUUGACAAUAGAUCUAAAUCCUGUGAAUGUGAACUAUAUGACAAAGCCUUUGGAUGCCACAGUUAUUUUGAAUUACAUGAAAAACUUCAUACUAGAAAAAGCCCUAUGAAUGUGAACAAUGUGGUAAAGCUUUUAGACAUCACACUUACCUUCGGUGACGUGAAAUAAUCCAUACUGCAGUAAAACUUUAAAGACUGUGUAGUAAAGCUUUUAGAUGCCAUAGUUAAAAAAAAAAUCAUACUGGUGAAAAAACAUAAGAAUGUAAUGUGGUAAAGGCUUUUGAGAACUCAGUUAUUUUAAAAUGGACAAAAGAACUCAUACUGAGCAGAAAAAACUCAGUCAAUGUACACAGUGUGGAAAACCCUUUAGAUCCCACAGUUCUUUGCAAUUACGUGGAAAAAUUCCUUGUGCCUAAGAACCCUCAGAGUGUGAAUAAUGCCUUUAGAUGUUGCACUUGCUUUAAUUUCAUGGUAGAGCAGUUACAUAGCACAGUGUUCUUUAAAUAUCAAGUGGCUUGUGGGAGAAAAUCCCUAGAAAUGUAAAAUCAAAAUGGUGUUAAUCCUUUUAUAAAGGUUCACUUCAUUUAUAGACAACUCACUCUCAAACAUCCUAUUGGUGUGUUUGUCAAUCUCUUAAGGGAUGAAUUCACUAACGUAUGUGUCCUGUUAAUGUCCAUCAGCCAGGCUUCAACUGAGAACAGGCCAAGCAUGUGAUUGGGACCUUAUAACUUGGUGUAGAUAUAAAGAUCUCUGAGGAAAAAGCAAUGUUUCAUCUGUGUGUUUUCUUCUUUCUGCUGCUGUGGCUGCUGUUGUUGCUGCUACAGUCCUCCAGUGACAGACUGCAGCUCCACUGGCCUUCCAACAUGGACUAAGUAGCGAUCGCUCUUGGAAGUUUUAGGUGUUCACUGCCAGAAUGGAACUGCUGAGGAUGCAGCUUUGUGGACUGAGCAGCUUCUGUGUUGUCGGCCUCUCUGUUGUGCACAUGACCUUGAUGAUCUACAGCACGGCUGUGUAAGCUGUUCUUCUGAACCUGUUUCAUGGCACAUACACAUUCUUUUGGUUUUGUUCCUCUGCAGUAUUCUUUGUUGCAUAGUUUCUGGUACCAUGAUGGGUUGUAGAGAAACAAAUAAUGGCUGAUGGUCUUUCAUUGUCCAAGUUCUUCUGUAGGAUACACAGUCCCUGCAUUUGAUCCUGUGCAGCACAUAUACUGCACCAGAGAA